AUGCCUCUAGUCGCUCAGAACCCCUUGCCCAGGGCUAUCCUCGGCCUAAUGACCUUUGGGCCCAGUGAGUCUAAAGGCGCGCGUAUCACCUCCCUUGAUGAGUUCAACAAGUGCCUGGACUACUUCCAACAGCAGGGCUUCCAGGAGAUCGAUACGGCGCGGAUCUACGUCGGAGGAGAACAAGAGGCGUUCACGGCGCAAGCCAAAUGGAAAGAGCGGGGUUUGACCCUGGCAACAAAGUGGUAUCCGCAGUACCCGGGCGCGCACAAGCCCGAUGUGCUGCGCCAAAAUCUCGAGCUCUCGCUGAAGGAGCUCGGGACCAACCAGGUGGACAUCUUCUAUCUCCAUGCGGCGGACCGGUCGGUGCCUUUUGCAGAGACACUCGAGACUGUCAAUGAGCUGCACAAGGAAGGCAAGUUCGUUCAGCUGGGCCUCAGCAAUUACACGGCGUUUGAGGUUGCAGAGAUCGUCACUCUCUGCAACGAGAGGGGCUGGGUGCGUCCCACUAUCUACCAGGCCAUGUACAACGCUAUCACUCGAAACAUCGAGACUGAGCUCAUCCCUGCCUGCAAGCGCUACGGCAUUGACAUUGUCAUCUACAACCCCCUAGCCGGAGGCCUUUUUUCCGGCAAAUAUAAGGCACAGGAUAUCCCCGCCGAAGGCCGGUACAGCGACCAGUCCUCGAUGGGGCAGAUGUACCGCAAUCGGUACUUCAAGGACGCCACCUUCGAUGCCCUGCGGCUUAUCGAGCCGGUUGUUGCCAAGCAUGGAUUGACCAUGCCGGAGACUGCAUUCCGCUGGGUCCACCACCACUCGGCCCUCAAUAUGGAAGACGGCGGUCGUGAUGGAAUUAUCCUCGGUGUGAGCAGCCUCGCACAGCUCGAAAAUAACCUCAAGGAUAUUCAAAAGGGCCCUCUGCCGCAGGAGGUUGUCGAUGUGCUGGAUCAAGCCUGGCUGGUCGCCAAGCCCACUGCCCCUAACUACUGGCACCUUGAUCUCAAGUACACAUACGAUACUCAGGAGGCGCUGUUUAAGCCUAAGUCUAAGGCUUAG